AUGCUAUCUGCUUCUCCGCCACCUCAUUCACAUAGUCCACCAUCAAAUGGUGCAUCAACAUCAAAUAGCGGCGGUGGUGGCUCGUCAUCAGAUGCAUGUAAUGGCAUUGUUGCAAGUCUUUUAUGUCAUCGGCAACGAACAAAUGGUGAAAGUGAAACAUUUUCGAAACGAGCUAUUGAAAGUUUGGUUAAAAAACUAAAAGACAAAAAAGACGAACUCGAUGCAUUAGUUGCAUCAGUUACAUCAAAUGGACAAAUUCCAACAAAAUGUGUAACUAUACAAAGAACACUCGAUGGAAGACUACAAGUUGCUGGUAGAAAAGGUUUCCCACAUGUAAUUUAUGCUCGUAUAUGGCGUUGGCCAGAUUUACAUAAAAAUGAAUUAAAACAUUUAAAAAUCUGUCAUUUAGCGUUUGAUCUUAAACAAGAAUAUGUUUGUGUAAAUCCAUAUCAUUAUGAACGUGUUGUUUCACCUGGAAUAGACUUAACAGGAAUGCCACUUGUACCUCGUUUUCAAUUACUUGGUCAUGGUGACCCAUCCUCAUCAAAUGAUCGUGAUCUAUAUUCAACACCGGAUGGAUAUCGUUACAUGAAAGACUAUGUAGAUGAACAAAAUUCACCACAAGCAAUGGGUGUUAUUCAACAUCCAGCACCGGAUACAACUAGUCCUAGUCCACCACAUCCAUAUAGUACCAAUGGAAAUACUGUUUCUACUGUUGGUAGUUUUCCAGCAGCUAUGCUUUCACAAGAUGGAAAUGUUCCUUUAUGGGCACAAUCAAUGCCAGCUACAACUAGUUUAUGGCAACAACAUUCAAUUGUUCCGACGAGUGCACCGACAAUUCAACCAUUAACAUUAAUUAAUAAUUUUGGUGAAUAUUGGUGUAGUAUCGCUUAUUAUGAGCGUGAUAUUCAAGUUGGUGAAACAUUUAAAGUUCCAGAUACAUUUAAAGAAGUGACUAUUGAUGGUGGGAUGGAUAUGGCUACAGUUGGAGAUCGAUUUUGUUUAGGUCCUUUAAGUAAUGUUUAUCGUACAGAAGCAAGCGAAAAAGCACGAUUACAUAUUGGUAAAGGCAUUCGUGUUGAAUGUCGAAAUGAAGCUGAUGUAUGGAUACGAUGUAAUAGUGACCAAGCUGUUUUUCUUCAAUCUUAUUAUCUUGAUCGUGAAGCUGGUCGAGCACCAGGUGAUGCUGUUCAUAAAAUUUAUCCACAAGCUUGUAUAAAAGUAUUUGAUUUAUCACAAUGUUUUUCUCAAAUGGAUCAACAUGUUAAAAUGGCAUUACAUGCUCGAAUGCAACAACAACUUCAUGGUCAAGCAAUGCCACCAUCAGCUAGUUUAAGUGUUGAUGACUUAAGACGUUUAUGUGUUUUAAGACUCAGUUUUGUAAAAGGUUGGGGUCCGGAUUAUCCAAGACAAUCAAUAAAAGAAACUCCAUGUUGGAUUGAAAUACAAAUUCAUCGUGCACUUCAAUUACUUGAUGAUUUAUUUAAUUCAAUGAAUCAUCAAUUAAAUGUGACAAACUCAUCAUCAAAUUCGUCCAUACCAAGUAACAACAGUAACUCAUCUCAUUCAACAACAUCAAUUGAAUCUGCGUCGAUACGUCCGUCAUAA